AUGAAGUACCUAAAGUGGUUAUCAAUUGGCAGGAAGGAAAAGGUGAAGGAUAAUAAAGUUAACAUUGAUGAUCUCAAAGAUGGCAGCAGCGUAUCCGGUCAACUUAAGGGUUCGAUCCUGAAGGAAACUUUACGGUCAAUGGAAUUAUCAUCACAAUGUACCGUCGAUGCUCAAAAGAAUAUCGCUAAUGGAUCCGCGAUUGGAAUAUCUGGGACCAAAACACCCACGGGACCAUCCCGAAAAACCAGUAUAUCAAGCAAAAGGAAGUCUUGGUACAGUCUAUCAAGCAGAAAGUCGGAAGACUGUGAAUCUAUCGCUAUCAAACAGAGCAGCCUUUGCAAUAGAACGGAAAGCUCUAAAGAUCGAGAAGACCCUUCUCCACACGCAACUAAGCAACCUCCACCUCUACUCAACAUCCAUAAAAAUGCUUCCAAUAACCCUAUCACAAUCAUCGUCACAUCCCCAACCUCAGAUACCAAUAUCCAAACAGAUUCCAGCUCGAUAUCUAGUACAUCAUCACAUUCCUCAACCCUCUCCUUGAAAUCCACCUCCAGCUUCGACCCCUCCCUUCUCAUGCCUCCUUUUCCACCAACGCCUCUGAAAUAUGACAUCCCCAAAUCCAACGAAGCUCCCGAGGUGAAAAAAUGGCUUAUCGGUUGUAUGAAUCGAAAAGCUGAUACGCUUCCCCGCAAACUCGUUUUUCGGAUGAUGGAAAUUUAUGGAAUCAAGAAAGAAGAAUUAGACCCGACGAUGUGGGGAAAGCUUCAGGAAGGGGUCGUAGAUGAGGGGGUGGUAUUGGGUGUCGAUGCUGAUGUUGAGGAUAAGGAUACGGACAAAGGCACUGGAAAUAUUGAGGCAGAGAAACAGUAUCUGGAGAGUGUAAAGAAAAGGGGGGAAUCUAAUAGUGUCGAUGCAUUGCGGAGCCCAAGGCUUUCAUUCUAUUCUCGAGGAAAUCGGGGACGAAAAGAUAUUCCCUCUGAGUAUCCCAAUAACACAAUUCCCACGAAACGACAUACCUACCCUAACUCCAACCUCAAAUCCAAUAAUACCAGAAUCCACACUAUCACUACCACCACCAUCAAAAACCCAAACCCAAACCUAAACAGGCCAAACCCACAAUCCCCACCCCCCAAAACCCCGACAACAAAUCCACGAGUAUGGCAAAACCCCUCAUCGCGCGCUCGGAAUUGGCCGACUACCAUCCCCAAUAAUAACAACAUGAUGAAUAUGCACCACAACGCUGCAUUUUCUUUCCCUCCUUAUGCCCAUGCAAAUACAAAUCCACAUACGAAAUCAAGACCUAGCACGCAGCACGGGAAACAUAGUAGAUACGGGAAAAUGACGAAGAAGAAGAGGGGAGUGUGUCCGCCGUGUUCGAGGAGGGGAUCGAUGGUGUCGUUGGGGAGGAUUCCAGAACACGAGGAGGAGUUUGGGGGAGGGGAGGGGAAGUGA